UGGCGGUACGGCUACAUCAUAGCCUAUUUUCACAACCUUGCACUUGCUCACUUUGACUUACACUAAAUCGGCCACAAUGACCGCUAUGUACGAGCUGGACGAUAUAUUUGGCUACAUGCCUUUUGACCAUUUCCUCGUGGACAAUUGGGAUCCAGAAUUGAUUCUCGAUCGAGAGACGCAAGAGCAAACCCUUGUGGAGACAUGGAUUAGCCUUGGUAGGCAUGGUCGUUCUACCUAUAUCGAUCGAUGCAUGGAAAAUGGGCAGAUUCCUGUCCCUGGUCACGCUCCUAGAGAUCUGUCGGCGUUUGAGAAGCGGCAAACGGUGGAUCCAGAUGAAUGGAGUGACGCCAGUGCCAUCUGGAUUCGAACAUGGUAUGGCAAUGAAGCAGAGGAGGGUGACCUCCCAAACGAGGAGAUGGCCACCCGCGCAAGUGCUGAUGCUGCGUAUGCUCGCUUGUGGCAGAAAGCCUUGUGGCCCCUGGAAAAGGACGGAUUCAACGACAGCAUGUUCGGCCCGUACAUCUUCGAUGACAAUGCUGGCAUCUACGGGGUUUCAGCACGAGAUGCAGACGAUGAAGUGGAUCUAAUGGAUGGAAUACCGUCUUUCAUCUUGAAUGCUCUGGUGCGGUGCCCCGACGCGAUGGAAGGCAGUAGUGGGCGCGAUGCAGAAGACGACGAGGAGCUAAUGGGGUCGCAAGCGUUGCUCGUAGUGGUCGCUGAUGGUGAGGCAUGUGAAGAUGGGUGGGUAUUGCUGGUAGCUAUGAAUGACAGGGGUCAGGUAUUGCACAAGCGUGUCAGGUGCAAAGCUUCUGAUGUCGGGCAGAAUGUGGCCUUCUGGAGGGAUGGAGGUGAGCCGCUGGACAUUGAUAAUACCAGAGAGAACGUGAUAGACUACCGGGAUCCCAAUCAAUCGGGUAGUGGCUGGGAUGACGGAUAAACACUGGUAGACAUAUGAUGUUAUCUCCCAGGUUAGUAUUUGGACGCCUGUCCCUUCUUAUAGACUAUGUCAACCAGG